GGCCUCCAGCCUGUCACUUGGCUGCGGGACACCGAGGCAAGCAGGUACCACCGGCCCGGCGCUCCUGGACACCUCUGCAGCUGAGGAGAAGAGCGACAUGAGGUUCCUGCUGGUGCUGCUGGUGCUGCUGGUGCCCCUGGCGCAGGCCGCCGUCAGGUCGGAGGGCGAGUGGCGCGGCAAGGUGCAGGGCCUGGGCCAGUCGUCGGGGGACAAGCUGCCGGUCCCCGCGCGGUGGCUGCUGCCGCCCCACCGCGAGCUGCUGCCGCCCCGACGGGAGCCGCUGCCCUACUUGGAGGCGUCCCUCUUCCGCCAGGCGUCCACCACCACCACCACCACGCCCAGCACUGAGGGCACCACCACCACCACCACCACCACCGAGCCAGAGGCAGAGGAGUUCCCGCUGCCGGCGCGCUUCCCUCCCGUGUGGCGGCCGUCGCUGCUGGGCGAGCAGCUGGUGGGCUCUCUGAUCCGGCACUCGGCUGGCGAGGAGCUGGAUCGCAGCCACGGGCAGUUCGUCGACUCCUUCAUCCACGGCCAGCCACUCGCCUUCUUCUGACCACGUCUGAGGAUAGCGGCAGUCUCCCGCUAACACUGGCACAAGCGACUCGACUCUUCUGGACUCGCCUCCCUCGAGACACGAGUCUCGUUUAAUCGUUACUUUACCAUGGCGUGUCCCAGCUUGUUCUUGCCAAUCUUUCAACAAGACUUUAGACUUGUUUGACUCUGAGGUUCAGACAUGAGUCUGAAUUUGAAAUUUUUUUAUUGCAUUUUAUACCUUGAAGGUAUUAAACCAUAAGAUAUUAACUCACUCAUUUUUUUCUAAAGCACUUAAUGUGAGUUAAUAGUUUCUGUUGAGUCAGUCAAUAUUAAUUCCAGUUUAAAUUUAUGUUUGUGUAGCUGUCUGAAAAAUUUCUCCAUUAAUGUGAGUAUCUUUCCUGACUGGUCAAACACAUUCGGUGACUUUCGUAAAUUUUGUUCUGAGCUACAGAAAAUGUAAACUGCCGUCAGCUGGAAUAGGCGUUAUACGUGCUAUUCAUAAAUUUCUUGCAAUUUUUGACUGAAAUACUUUUCACUGUAAAAAGUCGUUUCUACACGUAAAAAAUUUCAGUCAUAGUGGUGCAGUGUUCAAAGAAAAAAAUCCUUGAAUGUGUAAUCCAUAUCAGGUAGUAGCUAAUCAGAAAUCCAUAUGCGCAAGCUUAGAAAUACUUUUCGUAAAAAGCUUGUUUCAAACGGGCACAUCUAGUGAUAUGAUUUUUUUUUUUUUUUGGCUACCUCAGCCUCGUUGUUUGAAUUAUAUUUUGUCGUCACUAACCUUAAAAUAAAAUAAUUUAUAAAAAUAGUACAAAUUUUUUUAAGUACCUAUGUCAUUUUCCUUUCUCCUGAUAAAAUUAUGUUCUAAAUAACAAGUGAUAUUUAUAUGGAAC